AGACGCUGUGUGACGUCACCGUGGGAGUGUUCCACCGUCGGGAGAAAUGAACGGUCAUCAACACAAUCCUCUCAGCGCUCAUCAUGUGAUUUUUCUAAAUGGGAAAAGCUGACUUAAGUUUGUCCACUGUCUCACCUGAAUUACCCAGAGAGAGUGGCACAGAACAUUUUCUUGGAUCUUUUCCUGCGUUAAUAGACCCACACUUCAUCAUCUGAUGACUGCAUAUAUAGCAAAUCCUGUGUUGUGAGUCAGAAGAGGACAGGCAGGGCCGAUGACAAGCAUGACAUUGAGCCAAGCCACAGAUGCAUGCCCACUCAAAAGGCCCAACUGAGCACCGUCCCCUCUGCUUUCCGGCUUUCAACCAGCCUAUCAGAGGGGGGUGUUGUCAACGGGGCAUAGCUAUUUCCUGCACCUCCAAGUAGAACCUCACUGUGAAACUGGAGGUCUCUGAUGGAUCAGGGUAGUAGUGAACCGGUGAGUCCAGAGGAGCCGGACAAUGGAGGCCGAACGGAGCUGGAGUACGGCAGGAGGGCGUCGGAGUCGGAGCAUGGCUUGUCCAAAAUCCCUCGUAAUGCCCUGGAGAACAUGGGAGCGUUGGGCCAUGGUCUGAAGCAAUUCUUCCAGCCACAGCGCCGACGCUCCUCCGUUUCCCCACAUGACUCCGCCUCAUCCUGCACAGGCACCCCUUCCUCCGAACCCACUGAUGUAGGGUCAGAAGUAGGGGACGCUCCUGCCUCCGUGGCCCUCCCUGUGGAUUCUGACAACCCUGCUGCUUCCGCCCCUCCUGCAGCUCUGAGCCGUGUUCUGCAGCAGAUCCGAAGUGCACCACCAAUGAUGAAACGAGGCACCAGCCUGCAGAGCCGCCGCAGCAAGGCGGGGGGUGUUGGGGAUCCCCCGCAGAAAGGUAGCCCCCAGAUCCACAGGCGCAGUACCCAUGAGGCCCUGCUGCAGGCUGGACGCCCACGCUCGUCCUCGACUACUGACACACCCAGCAGCCCAGCCUUAGUUGACAUGCUGCUGACCUCUGGUUACCACUCCACUGAGGAGCCCGACAAGCUGGAACGUUACGAUGGAUCAGGCCCCGCAGUUUCACCCAACGCCCUCCCCUACAGUGUAGACGGCUAUGAUGUAGUUGAUAAUACCCCAGACCCCCAGCGAACAAAACAGGCCAUCGCCCAACUGCAACAGAAGAUCCUGAAGCUCACGGAACAAAUCAAGAUCGAACAAACCGCACGCGACGACAAUGUGGCCGAAUACCUGAAACUGGCCAACAAUGCAGACAAACAACAGAGUGCACGCAUCAAACAGGUGUUUGAGAAGAAGAACCAAAAGUCGGCUCAGACUAUCCAGCAGCUGCAGCGGAAGCUGGAGCACUACCACCGGAAGCUCCGUGAGGUGGAACACAACGGCAUCCCUCGCCAGCCCAAAGAUGUUUUCCGAGACAUGCACCAGGGGCUGAAAGAUGUUGGAGCGAAGGUGACCGGCGGCUUGUCCAGCUUCUCACAGGCCACACACUCUGCAGCCGGAGCUGUGGUGUCCAAGCCAAGAGAAAUUGCCUCCCUCAUCCGUAACAAGUUUGGCAGUGCCGAUAACAUAGCAGCCCUGAAAGACUCUUUGGACGAAACCCAGGGAGAUGAAGGUGUCGGUCCCGGGGCAGCGAGGACCCUCGGUACAGGACAGCUGCAGUCCAGCCCAAAGUACGGCAGUGAUGAGGACUGUUCUAGUGCCACAUCCGGCUCAGCGGGAGCCAAUAGCACCGCUGGAGCUCCUGGAGGUCCCCCUAGCUCCAAAGGUAAUACCCUCGAUCUAACCCAGGCUACAGGAUUUGACGCUGUUCUCCACGAGAUUCAAGAUCUCCGGGAAAACCAGCGUCGACUAGAGGAGUCCUUUGAAACCUUAAAGGUCCACUAUCAGCGGGACUACACGAUGAUCAUGGAGGCCCUGCAAGAGGAACGAUACAGGUGUGAACGCUUAGAAGAACAACUGAACGACUUGACAGAACUGCACCAGAAUGAAAUUCUGAACUUGAAACAGGAACUAGCCAGCAUGGAGGAGAAGAUUGCUUAUCAGUCUUAUGAAAGAGCACGGGACAUUCAGGAGGCACUGGAAGCAUGUCAGACACGUAUUUCCAAGAUGGAGCUGCAGCAGCAACAGCAGCAGGUGGUGCAGCUGGAGGGUUUGGAGAAUGCCACAGCGCGGACUCUUCUUGGAAAACUAAUCAAUGUGCUGCUCGCAGUUAUGGCCGUCCUCCUGGUGUUUGUGUCCACGGUGGCAAACUGUGUCGUCCCAUUAAUGAAAACGCGAAGCCGCACGCUUUCUACGCUGCUUCUCAUCGUCUUUCUCGCCUUCCUCUGGAGGCACUGGGAGGCUAUUUCCGAGUAUCUGCAUCACUUUCUCCUGAACUCCAGAUGACCUGUUUGGACAUUUUUAUUAUUUAUACGGUGAAAGGACAGAGGGUUUGAGGCUCAAGUCUCAACAGUCCUUCCUUUUCCUCCUCUCCUGCUAAUUCUCAAAACAGUCAGGAGAAUUGCAUCGGAGUUUUGUCACUUUAUCACUUUUUGAGAAAAGGGAGGGAUGUGUGCCGUGGACUUUGUGGUGCGGUUGUGGCACAAUGCUGUAAGGGUGAAUGGGGCAUCGUUGGAGGGGAGGGGCUGAGAGAACUGCACACUUGAUUUCUCUCUUGGAGUGAAUUUGUUUACACGUGGAAAACGUUACAUAGUUUCCCCACAGAAGAAAAGUUUUAUUACUUUUGAGCUGAUUCAAGUGGUAUUGAUUUGAUGUCACUGCUAUUUUUAAUACAGCUGAUUGAUAGCUUUUUAAUUUUCUUUCAACUGUAAUGAGAUGACAAUGUUCUGCUAAUUUUAAUUAUCCACGUUCCUGCGCUGUCUUUUUCCAGGCUGCCCCCCCCCCCUUUCUUUUCCCCUUCAUUCAGCCUUCAGUCAAAUUUUUGCUUGUGUGACCAACUCUUCCUCUGUCUUGCUCACGACACUCUGAAGAAUGGAGUGCUUGCACAUCGACCUACACUGCUCUGGAAUCAGACUCGUCACUGGAUCAAAUGGUAGUGAGCUCUUAACUCGAUUCUCUCAGAUGUGUGAAGUCAAAAAACACUGGAUCUGCCACAACUAGGAUAUAUUACUGUCCAGAACAUGAAGUUUGGAGUUGAGGCCCUGCUGCCCUGUCCUCAGCUGGAUCUGACUGUCCGGACUGUGGCUGUUCCACUGCAGAAAAAAAUAACCUAUGAAUUGAAUUAACAUACUUGAAGAGCAGUCAAAAUGCUCAAAGACUCAGUGCUUCCGUACUGUUUCCAUUAGUGACAAUGAAAUAGUAAUACUUUUUAGUUGAUUUUUUUAUUUUUUAAAAACAAAUAAAUUUGCUGUUUUAAAAGGUGA